AUGGACUAUUGGGAGACCCGGUUGUCUGAUUCUACCCGCAAAAUCAGUUGUCAAUUGGCGACGGUCCACGUACUCGCAGUUUCUUCCCACGGACUUGGCGCACUAAGCGAAAUUGGCCGUCCAAGGACAUACUUUUCUGGAAAGAGUUCUAUGGGGAGAAAAUUCCUGGCGGAUUGGCGAAUGAGAGAAACAUGCCAUUCCGGUGUCGGUGUCAUUUGCCAGUUCAGCGUUCUUAGACCCAUGGACGGCCUCAGGCUAGCCGCGGACUCCAUCCAGGAAAAGCGAUCGACAGUCCAUAGAUAUAGGCGCUCUUUUCCAUCGUCCCAGACAGAUUAUCUUAGUGAUUAUCAAGGAUACGCUUGCUUUGAUCAGCGGGUCUUCUCCGUUAGCACUGGUGGUGGUGAGCUGAGACUUGCUCCGUAG